GGCCGACUUCCGAGGCCUUUCCGCAAUCGGGUCCGUGCGUUCUACGCAUGCCUCACCUCGAUUUUUUCUAAGCUCUCCCACCACCCGCUAUUAUUCACCGUUAUCAAUCGCAUCGCCAACACGCCAAAUUUACUCCCCUGCCCCCACCAUUCAUCAUGCUUCAGAGGACCAUCUUACGUGCUGCUAGGCAAGCAUCGCGCCCUAUCUCAUCACCACAGACCAGCCUUGCACCUAUAAGACAACAGCUUAGUGGCGCACGAGUCGCUCCCGCAAGCCUACGGUGGUAUUCUGAGGCACCCGCACCCAAGGAAGGAGAGGCUGCCGAGAAGAAGAAUGGAGAGAAGGCAUCAAAUGGUGAUGCGCAAUUGAAGGAGCAGCUCGAGAAGAAGGACCGUGAAAUCAUUGACCUCAAGGACAAAUAUCUUCGCUCAGUAGCCGAGUUCCGCAACCUCCAAGACCGUACAAAGCGCGAGAUCCAGGCUGCAAAGGACUUCGCCCUCCAACGAUUCGCAAAGGACCUCAUUGACUCCGUCGACAACUUGGACCGCGCCCUUGAAACCGUUCCCAAGGACAAGCUCGUUGCGGAUAACAAUGAUCUCGUCACUCUCCACGACGGUCUCAAGCUGACCGAGACCAUUUUGAUGAGCACUCUCAAGAAGCACGGUCUAGAGAGGUUCGACCCUGCUGUUGAGGGCGAGAAAUUCAACCCCAACAUCCACGAGGCUGUGUUCCAGACUCCCCAGCCGGACAAGGAAGACGGUAUCGUGUUCCACACCCAGCAGAAGGGCUUCAGGCUCAAUGGACGUGUCUUGAGGGCCGCCAAGGUCGGCGUUGUCAAGAACUCGUAGAGAGGUGUCUUGCCAUAUCCACCCCCACAAUCCUCACACGCCUGCUCACGACUCUCCCUCUCUCCUUCUUCCCCCGCGCUGGAUCUCCUCGCAUCUUUAAACAUUUUCAGCAUCUCACUGUAUGACUAUCGAUCGAAACACUAUAAUGUUGGGCAUGGCGUUCGUAACACUUCUCAGCAUGUGUGAAUAUUCCCCUCUCUGAAGAAACGUCUUGGAAAAAAAUGUCUUUCUUUCGGUUGCUCUGGGCGGCGAUACACGUUCAGACGACCCAAAAGACCUUAUGUAUACUAUAAUACCUUGUCACAAGUAGCAAUGUCACGAAAGAAGAAAAAGCGAUAUAUGGAUAGAAAAAAGAGCUUAGUUUGGAAAUCAAAUCCAUUCUUUAAAGAGAAUUAGCGAGCUAUCUGCCUGACUGCUUGCCUAGGUAGCUUCUCAUCGAAGUUGCCUCUUUUUUUUAGGAUACUUGAUAAUAAAUGACCAG